AUGGCGGAGCUUUCGUUAGGCGAUGAGCGUAUCAUCAAGGAGUACCAAUUAACUGACUCACUUGACCGGGCAUGCAAUUUACUUCAGGAAGCCGAGAAUUCACACGCCAUGUCCUACAACGGUGCUGGUCAAAUCUCUCGGAUGGCAUUAUCAAAGCUUUUGCCCGCUUUGAUGGGUGAAAUGGCAGCUGUCAAACUUUGUUCCCCAAUAAGUAGCCGGAAUGUCGCAUCUGAGCUCUCAAGAUUAUUCGUACUCGUUCAGGAAGGAGACUUCAGUUACGAACACUACCAACCACUUGUCCAACUUGUCAUCCAGAAAGCCCCCGACACAGACAUUUGGAGAGCCGUCUUUGACCUCAUCGCCACCAUCACACGGGCUGAAAGGGCCACGCCGACACCCAGACCAUCACUUCUGACUCCCCAGACCCCACGCUCGCACAACACCAGCAGCCUCGCCAACUCAUCGGAGCUCAGAACGAAUAUCGAUAGUGUGCUAAAGGAGGAACUGCGGGGGGAACUCCAUGCAGACAUUCCCAGCUUUUAUGAAAAGUUUUUCGAUGAUAUCGAGAGCCUCAGCGACACCGCGACCGCCGUGUUCGAGAACUGCAAAACUGGCGACAGCCCCCUUUACAGCGAUGAGAGCGGAUGGACAGACUGGCCCGAUAGUACAAACGAGAGGCCUGUAUUGGACUGGCUAACCAACACCAUUGAUCAAUUUGUGCGGUUUGCGGAACGUCAUGAUCCUGCUCGAACCCUCGCCCGCAGACCUCUGGCCCAGCCAGCUCAGCCGAUCAAUGGAUCCAUCGGGAAGCGGAAACUCGACGUAGGCUUUGUGGAAGAUCUGGACAGCACACCGGGCAAGCGGUACGAGUGGUCAGAGAUCCUGGUGCCGGGGGAGCUGAAGAAUGACCGAACCUACGAUGUGCCGUCAGGGGCGAGGCUCGAUCUGGCCAGGUACGCGCGGGAGGUACUGUCCGCGCAGGACGGCCGGCGGUUCAUGCUUGGGUUCACACUGUGCGGGCCGCUCCUUCGCGUCUGGGAAUUCGACCGUUGCGGUGGAAUUGGCUCAGAGGCAAUCGACAUCAAUCAAGACGGCCUGCAGUUCGUCACUGUGAUCCUUGGGUUCCUGCUCAUGGACCGACUGCAGCUGGGCUUCGACCCCACAGUUAUCAAGGUGGACGGCCGACCCUGCAUCGAGAUCGAGCGGGAGGGCAAGAAGGAGCGCCUGGUCAUCGACGCAGUGAUCCUGCGGGGGCGCUGUAUCGCCGGCCGAGCCACCACCUGCUGGAAGACCCAUAGCGAGGCGGACGAGUCGCGGAGGCCCCUGGUGGUCAAGGACUCGUGGCAGUACCCGGAGCGCGACGAGGAAGGGGAGUUACUGCGCGAAGCUGCUGAGAGCGGGGUGAUCAAUGUCGCCCGGUAUUAUCACCACGAAACGGUCCAGGUGGAUGGUAGAGAUGACGACGUCCAGGCGAUCCGAAAGGGGCUAGGGAUUCCGGCGGCGAGGCCCGAGCAGGGUGACCUUCAGGCGGCCCUGAGGCGGAGUGCAUCCGGUCGAGGCCGCGCUAGCCGAAGCAUCGCCAUCGGGCGGAAGCGCUCAUCUGACUGCAACAUCAAUUUCCCGCCUCCAAACAGCAAGCGUACGAAGUCCAGCUCUCCGACGAAGCACCCCGCGAAUGAUAAACCUCCUAAUCGAGUGCACCGUCGCGUCAUUGUUCGAGAUUACGGGAAGCCUAUCUACGAAAGCAGCUCAAGAGUGGCUCUACUUGUCGGAAUGGAAGGCUGCAUUCUAGGGUAUGAAUCCCUGUACAACAAGGCUGGGUUGAUCCAAAGUGAUAUCUCGCUGCGAAAUCUUCUGGUCAAUGAAGAUGAUGACAACCUUUCAUGCCGGUCCUUCUUGAUAGACCUUGACCUUGCCAUCCAGACACAACGCGACGGGUUCUCGGGAGCGCGAGGCAAAACCGGCACCAGAGCAUUCAUGGCGAUUGGUGUUUUGUAUGGUGAAAAGCACUCCUUCAUGCAUGAUCUUGAGUCCUUCUUCUGGGUGCUUUUCUGGAUCUGCAUCCACUACAAAGGCCCAGGGAAUGGAAGGACUGUAGAACGUUUUGAAGAAUGGAAUUAUGUGAAUACAGAAAAGCUGGCGGACGAGAAAAAGGGGGUGAUCAGUGAUGAGAUUGAUUUCCUUAGGAUUGUAGAUGAUCACUUCACUCCAUAUUACCGACCACUGGUCCCCUGGGUCAACAGGCUACGACGAAUUGUCUUUCCAAACGGCGGACGGUGGAAAGAAUCAAAUUCAAAACUGGGUUUGAAAAUGAGGAAAAUACUUCAAGAUGCACAACACGACCCAAAGGUCAUAGAGUAG